AUGCCUGCACUCCUAAGAGCAGUCCUGGUGUCGCUCCUCGUGUGCCACCAUCGUCUCCAACCAGCCUUGUGCUCCGAGGAGGACAUGGACACCCUGUGGACCAAGUGGAAGUGGGACUACGGUGUCUCCUACGGCGCAAAGGACGACGAAGAGCAGAGAAAGUACAUUUGGGAGGAGAAUUUAGAGAAGAUAAAGGCAAACAACGAAAACUUCCACAAAGGAACCAGCUCAUUCAUAAUGGCCAUGAACAGAUACGGGGACCUUACCCAGCAGGAGUACAGAAGGCUGCAGGGGGCCAUGAUAAACAGCAGGACGAUGAAACGAGGUAAGACGGUGUCGGCUCAGAAGCUUCGCGCUGCUGCCAAGAAGAAAAAUGUUGCCGAAGUUGACUACAGGACCAAAGGCUAUGUGACACGCGUCAAGGACCAGGGCUACUGCGGCUCGUGCUGGGCCUUCAGCACCACGGGAGCCAUCGAGGGACAAAUAUACAAGAAGACAGGCCGACUCCUGUCUCUCAGCGAGCAGCACUUGAUGGACUGCUCGCGCUCCUACGGGACGUACGGCUGCAGCGGGGCCUGGAUGGCUAACGCUUACGAUUACGUGGUGAAAAACGGACUGCCGUCCGAGGACACCUACCCCUACACCGCGAUGGACGGCCAGCCUUGUCUCUACGAGAGCAGCAGGAUUGUAGCGCGAAUCAAGGACUACAGGUUUAUUCCCGCUGGGGACGAGGAGGCGCUGGCCAAUGCCGUGGCGACCAUCGGUCCUAUUACCGUUGCCUUGGAUGCGGACCAUUCCAGCUUCAUGUUCUACAGCUCAGGAAUCUACGAGGAGCCCAAGUGCAAUCCUGAGAACCUGAAUCACGCUGUUCUGCUGGUCGGCUACGGCACCGAAGGGAAGAAGGAGUACUGGAUCAUCAAAAACAGCUGGGGCCGGAGCUGGGGAGAGAACGGCUAUAUGAGGAUCGCCCGCAACAAGGACAACGCCUGCGGCAUCGCCAGCUACUCCCUCUACCCCAUCGUAUGA